UUAAGAACACAUGUUUUGAGUAAACUAUAUCAUUCCUAAUGUUACAAAAAUGUUUCUUUAUUUUUCGGUCAUUGUUAAUCUAGUGUUUCUUUACUUCGUAUACAUUCUUCACUUUAAAACAUUCACUCUUACUAAAAGAAAGGAAUGCGAUAUAAAAAUCGAACCGUCGGCGAGAAGGGUCGCCAUUUUCGUAUCAGAAGGGCUCGGCUCUGAUUUCCUUUUCAACGUGACUGCGGAAGACGGAAGGGAACGUUCUCUGUUGAGACGGGUCGUGGAAGGAGAAGGAGCCUGGGGCGUUUCGAAAUGUUUUUCACAAGAAGGCUCAAUGCAGGGGAUCAUGGCUUUACUCAGCGGCACGCAGUACGACCCUUCGAUCGUACUCUACUACGCCAAGCUUGUCAGAUUAAAACUGGACAACGUCUUUUCUCGGGUGGACCAAGUCUACAUCAUCGGAGACCCUUAUUUUCCGGAAAUAUUCGAAGGCAAAAAGAAGAAGAACUGGCUAGUCAAAACUUGGACCCGCAAGUUUAAAGAGGAGAUAGACUCGGGCGGUAAUUUCUUCGCUUACGACGACUUCGCUAUAGAUAAUCUCGGAGAAUUGUUCACCGAUAAAACACGCAAAACCGAUAAUAAAACGAUUUACGUGUUCUUCUUAUCUGGUGUGAAUGCCUGUGUACGGCAAUCCAAUUUGUUCCAAGAAUGUGUAAACACGCUAGUCAAUUUAGACAGACAGAUCGAAAAGACAGUUAGACUGUUUGAAUCUUACUACAACGAUUCGAGUACGAGUUUCAUUUUGACGUCGGAUCGGAAUAUGAUAAAACGCUGGAAAACUGGACGUAAAUCUGGCAAUCCUGAAAAUAUCCCAUUCUUGGCGUGGGGUGCGGGCAUUAAAAGAUUCGGUCGAAAAGGUAGCGGCCGAAUGGAGAUUAAUAAUGAAGACGUCGCUCCUCUCGUUUCAGUCCUACUCGGCAACGAUAGUCCGAAUAACUCGAUCGGCGUCAUUCCUUGGAAAAUAGUAAACAUUCACGAAAAUCAGCUUGCUGGCGCACUUUACUGCAACGAGCUUCUUCUCAAUGACAUAGCCACGGUGUACGCCCAAGAGACGGGAAACAACGAUUAUAUGGAGGCACUGCCUAACGUCGAUUUGAACAUAACAACACUCAGGAAUCAGCUGAAGGAUAAAAUAACAGAGAGGAAUUACUCGGAGGUCGCAGAAAUAUCCAAACGCUUGUUCCCAAUGCACCAAGAACAAAUUCGGCUUUAUAAAAGUUUCUUAAAGCCGCUGAUCUGGACGCUGGUUAUCAACUUGUAUCUUGGUUUUGCUUUUUGGACUCUGCAGAGAGCAAUUUUUAAUACUAUAAUUAAAGAAGAAGAUGAUACACCCAAGCUCAGUUUCUGGCACCAGUUAAGCAAGGCCAAUCUAAAGCAAAGGGUUAUUCACAAUGCCAUUUACGACAUCACUGUCGCAGCUGUUGCUUGCACGGUAGGCACUUUCUUUUUCUUUAAAGGUUUCCCAUUUUUCCUUCUCCUUUCGUUUCUUCUAGCUACGUUUAUUUGGUGGAGGGUGUUAAAAAACGUAAAAUACCUCAUAAACACAAACUUUCAAAGGCAAUUGGUGGAAAGCACAGGGCCGUGGAUGAUAGGUUCCCUGAUCGGUACGAUUUGGUUUGUUUUUGGCAUCUCGUUCCCGUUAGUCAGACAGUUUCUCUUCGGAAUAUCUGUCUUGGUCGUUGUGUUCACAUUGAACCCAAGGGUGGAAAAUAUUCUGCUCAUUCUGUUCGUUGUCACCUCGGCCGUAUUUGUGUUCUUGCUCAAUUUCAGAGUUAUGGACGAGGACAUGGACACCUCGGGUCUGACCAUCGGAACAAUCUCCUGGAUAAUAUCAAUGGGAUUUUAUAUAUAUUACAAUCCAGGACCCUUACGGGAUUUCGGCGUCGUUGCGUUAGAUUGUACCUCCACUGGUUUAAGCCUUUGGAACGCCCUUAACAUCCGCAGCAUGCGAACAAACGAGCCGAAAACAAUACAAUUUUUAAUAUCCUGGAUUAUGCUUUCUAUCGGGCCGAUAUUCCCCGUGCUCUCCACCCAGCACGGGAUCAAAAGGUUCUGCCAUGUCGGAUUCGGACUGUGCGCCACUUUCAUUCUUCUAAGCGAGUAUAACGAAGUGACCGGCCUUCUAGUCUUUUCCACAUUUCUGAUGAUAUUGUAUUGUAUGGAAGUCCGCAAUGCGGACAUGUUAAUUCUCGCCAGGGAACAGCGUGUAACAAAAAAGAGAGAACAUUUAAACAAAGUAGACAUAAAAAUGGCCUAUUUUCUGUUCGUACUUAUAUGGUCCGGCUACAUCCUGACAAGCACCGGCAAUUAUCCGAAACUGUUACAACAAAAGUGGACCUCUAACUUCUUCGAAAACUUCGACCACUUGGGACCCGUAAUCGCACUUCUAGCUUACAAAAUGUUGAUUCCAGUCGCUAUCACAUGUUCCAUGUUCGGACUUCUUUACAAACAGCUGAACUACAGCAUGAAUCAGAUGCUAGAAUGGUUCCUUUAUCUAAAUAACGUAGCUUGUUUUCACCUUCUAAUAAACGCGAAAGGCGAAGAAUACCCUCUCGGUGAAAUAUUCCAGAGCAUAACUAACUUAGCACUUUCACACAUCAUCCCGAUCGCUGUGAUCCUCCUGAGUAAAAUACUCGAAGUUUAUAAUGGUAUCGAUUUGCAACGAUUUUUUAGAAGAAACUAAUUAAAAAAAUUAUUAAUUGCA